AUGCCGUGGGCACAGGGGGGGCAGCCCGAGGAGAUGAUUUACAGACACAUGGCCGUCAUCGACGGGGAGGUGGUGCACUUCGAGAUCCUCGACACGGCAGGGCAGGAGGAGGAUUCCCUGCAGAUAGAGGAGAAGAUCAAAUGGGGCGAUGGCUUCGCCGUGGUCUACUCGGUGACGGACAGAUGCAGCUUUGACGAAGUCAUGCGGCUGUGUUUCCUCAUCAACCACAUCCACUCCAGCCCCAAGCGGAGCAGUGGGAGCGAGCAGCCCCCCGUGGUCAUCGUGGGCAACAAGAAGGACUUGCAGUUCGACAGGAUGGUAUCCACAGAGGACGGCGAAAACCUCUCCAAAGCCUUGAAGCUUCCUUUCUACGAGAUCUCCACCCGGGACAGCUACGAAGAGACGGUGGCGGUGUUCAACGCUCUCUACCAGGAGCUCAUGAGGCAGGGGCAUUUCUCCCCGGGCUCCUUCAAGAGGAGGACAGUGUCGAAGCUGAUGGAGAAGAUCCCCAAGAUGCAAGCCAGCUCCACCUUGAACUCAGCCGGCCGGAGCCUCAGCUUUAACUCCUUCAGGGACCGGCAGGGGCCCCGCUGCUUCAGCCCCGGGGCGGAGGGGCAGCUCGGGGGGCCGUGCUGGCUCCCAGGAGGGGGAGGUUAA